AUGAACGUCGGUCCAGGUUACAUCCACGAACUCGAUAUUAUGAAUCCUGUCGGACCUAUCGAUUCUGGAGAUGAAAAGCCCGUACGAAAGUCAUCCAACCAACAUCAUCCAACUUAUCUGACAAUGAUCAAGAGUGCAAUUCUGGCUUUGAAUGAUACUAAAGGAGCUAGCAAAGCAGCUAUUCUUAAGUACAUUGCUCGAAAUUACGAGCUUGGUGAGAAUCUUCCAGUGAUCAAUACUCACAUCCGCAAUGCUCUGAAGAAAGGUUUGGAUAAUGGAGAAGUCAAACAGACUAAGGGCCAUGGAGCUUCUGGAAGCUUCACUGUCGCUCCAGCUCAUAACAUGAAGAAAAAGGUCGAGAAGCCUAAAGCUAAGGCUAAGGCUAAGACUGUUAAGGCACCUAAGAAGGCCGUCAAGAAAACUGCCAAGAAAAUGCCUACCAAGGCAGCAAAGGCUCCAAAGGCUAAGAAGACAGCCAAGAAAGCUUCAGUUAAGAAAACAACUCUCGACAAGAAAUCUAAGAAGAUCUCCAAAAAGCCCAAGGCUAAAGUGGCGAAGAAGACUGGAAAGGUCGCCAAGAAAGCUUAA